AUGCAAUUCUCUCCGGGCUGUUUGGUGUUGGUGUUCUCCCUUUUCCAUAGUGCACCUAGAGCUCCGGCCACUGUGGUUGAGGACUUCAACCAUGUAGAACGAUGCAAGGAUUCCUUAUACAUGGGAACCCCACCACGGGGAAUCAUUGAUGCCAAACUGAAGAAGAUCUGUCAGCGCUAUGCAGACAAGCCACGCUUCGUGACCCUGUACGACCCUCAGAAACGAAUCCCCGUCUACUCAGCCUACUCCUUCAAGAAGACAGAGGGAGACCGGCGCGUGGACUACCCCUGGAUGUAUGAGCCACAGCUGGCAGAGGUUGAUGGCAAUGGAAACAUGCUCCCCUUCCCUACCGGCUACCUGCACAUGAAGUUUGAGGACAGCCAGGCAGUGCUGGAUGACUACUCUGACGUGGUACUGUAUGAACGUGGCCACCUGAACCCAGACCAGCAUCAGUCUGACCCUCAUGACCGUGCCUCCACUUACACCCUGACCAACGUGGUGCCAGAGAUCAGAGAGUUCAACAUUGGGCCGUGGCGUGAGCAUGAGGAGCGCAUCCGUGUCCGCCUCAACAACUACUGCCGUGGCACCGCCUUCAUCGUCACAGGGGUGACCACUACAGGUCACAUGAUUCGCCGGAACAACCAGGACCGCGUAGCCAUCCCUGAGGACGUGUGGACUGCCUACUGCUGCACUGACUAUGACCGCAACGCCCCCCACGAUGUCCGCAUCCGCUUCCCCUCCCAGGCUGCCCUGGCCAAGAACGCCAAGGAGGGCAACACAGUCCACGAGAUAACUGUCCAGGACUUGGAGAACUUCCUGAAGACCCGGAUGGACGUGGACCAGAACCUGCAGCUCUUCUAUGACAACUGCAUCUCCCCCUCUCCCCUCCCUCUGUACCUCCACCACACCAUCUAA